AUGAAAACACAAACCUUAACACCAAAUGAUUGGAUCAAAAGGAUUGAAAGGUUUUAUGUGUUUGACGACGAUUUAGGUGUUAAUAUGUUGUUUGUGACUAUCGAUGAUCGGGUCUAUGGAUUGGGUGCUAAUCUCUGGGGAUCACUGGGUUUGGGACACAACCAGUGGGUGAGUGAACCACAAGAGAUCAUUGAAUUGAGACAUAAAAAGUGUAUUAAUUUCUUAAACGGAGAAGAAUUCUUAGUUUUUGUGUCGAGUGAUAAUUGUUUAUAUAGUUGUGGUUAUAAUAGAUACGGACAAUUGGGUAAGAGUAGUGAUGAUAAUGAAUAUAAGACACCAAUGAUAGUACAAAUCAAUGCAAACAAUGAUUUAAUACGUGAUGUUAGUUGUGGUUCAUUUCAUACAUUAAUUGUAACCGAAAAUAAUAAUGAAGUGUAUGGUUGGGGUAGUAAUACAUUCUUACAAAUCGGUAGUCGAGACAUCACUUGCGAUGCUAUAAUAAGACCUGAAAAAAUUGAAUUCAAUGUUAAUUAUUGUAUAAAAUCUGUUCACUGUUUUGAUAACUCAUCGUUUGCACUGACAAGUGAUGGACAAGUGUUUAGUUGGGGUCACAAUCGAGACAAUCAAUUGGGACUUAAUAGCAUUGAUUUGAUAAUAUUUAGACCACAAUUGAUAUGCAAUUUGUCUGGUAUUACAUCAAUACAAUCGGGUGUUGGAGAAACAUAUUUUAGUAGUAGUAAUAAAAAUGAAGUAUAUUUUUGUGGUUUAACAAACGAUAUUUAUUUAAAAGAACUUGAAAAUAUGACUAAAAUAACGGCACAAUAUUUAGUGAAUGUGAUAGGUGUUUGGGGUUAUAAUAAUUGUAUAUAUAUUCAAAUGGAGUAUUGCUUAAUGAGUCUGAAAGAUGGCAUCAAAUUGAAAACACAGGUAUUUAACAGAAAACAAUCAUUAGAUGAACCCAUGGAUUGUAUGGAGUAUUACAUUACGUGUGAAAUACUAUUAGAAGUGUUAGAAUGUGUCCGAUAUUUGCAUGAAUUGAAACCACCGGUCAUUCACAGGGAUCUCAAACCCGACAACAUAUUGAUUGCCGACGAUAUCCGAAACGGACGGUUCAUUAAAUUAUGUGAUUUAGGAUUAAUAACAGUUCACGAAAUGGUAUCACAGAGUCAUACGUCAGGUGUUGGAAGUCCUAAAUAUAUGGCACCCGAAGUCAUAAGUGGUCGCAAAUAUGACACCAAAGCUGAUGUCUAUAGUAUUAGUGUUAUUAUUGAAGAGUUAUUCGAUACGAAUGUCAAUGAUUCUCGCGAUAAAUAUAUUAAACACGAGUGGAGUAAUAAAUAUUGUAAACUAUUAGAUGUUAUUAAUGAGUCAAUGAAACCUAUAUAUGAUGAGAGACCUACCUGUGCCGAGAUUAUUGAACAAUACAAUGAAUGGGCUAUUGAUAGCACUGUUGUUACAUCUGAUAUCAAGAUUGAUGAAAAACUAGAGAAAAUAAAACACAAAGAAAGGGAACUCCGUUCAGAAGACAGGGAUUCAGAGCCAGAAUUUUGGGAAAUAUUCUAUACAUUCGUUAAUUAUAAACUCAAUUAUAAUCAAUAA